UUGAAAAAUGCGCGAGUUUUAGGUAAGUGAAAGUGCCAGAAAUGUUGCGGAAAGUGUUUCUUUUUUCAGGGUCGCCAAGACUCACUUGUUCCAAAAAGUCAAUUAUUUUCUCGUUCGAAUCGAAUAUUCCUUUUCAAGGCAGAAUAUCGGUCAGUUUACCUUUUUUUCUUUCAAAGCAACUCAAAAAAUAUAUUUUAGGUAAUAAAUAAAUUAUUCAUCCCGGAAUGCAAUGAAGAUUACUCCUCAAAUAUUCAAAAGAAUGCAACUUUCCAUUUGGAUAUUUCAAAAUGUGCAGAUCCCAAUUUCUUGAGGGUACGUUCCAGAGAAAUACGGAAAAAAAAACUUUUUGAAUUCAGAAUGGUUCUCGAGUUCUACGAGCACACGUUGAAAUAGGAUUCCAUCCACUUGUGAUAACUAACUCGGAUAGAAUAUUUUUGCUAGAAUGUAUGGAUAAUCAACCAUCACAUGUGGUGAAUAUGGCUUCGGAUUCUGCGUGAGUUUUAGUGGAAGUUGGAUCUUGGGUUUCGAAUUACUUUUGUAUUAUUAUUGGGUUUGGGUUUUGAUUCCUUACAAAAAAUUGAAACUUUACUGACAACUUUUUUUCUAGAAACUGCACACAUUUGGUUCGAAUGGCUUCUAAAUGGGAUAGUAUGACAGAAUUCCAUGUUGGAGAUUCAAUCGUUCACGAAUGGAGUUGUAAACUCCCACAUAAAGGUUGUUCAUUCCUAUUCUAUUCUACCUUUCUCACCCAAUUGUUUUCCAGAACUUGGAAAAACCCAAACAUACAUCACAAACUGUAAUGCGUUUUCCCAAAAUGGCCAAAUAAUUCAUUUGAUUGAUGAAAAUGGAUGUAUCAUUGAUUCAGAAUUGAUGGGCGAUGUUGUUUAUAAUAAUUAUAUGCCAAAACUUUAUGCGAGAGCGAAGAUUUUCAAGUUGCUUACUGAUGAAAAGUUAGUUCAACGAUAUAUUUUAUGGAUUUGAAAAAUAGCUACAAAAUUAUUUUUCAGAUAUCGAAUUGAAUGCACGUUUGAAUUCUGUCACAAAGAUUCACCUUGUCAUGAGAGGGCUUUUGUAAGCUAAUAAUGGGGAAAAGGACUCUGAAUAAAUUUAUAUAAUUUCAGCCACCAAAAUGUGCAUUUACAAAAGAAGAAAUUCUGAAAAGAUUUACUUCUGGUGCAGAAGCUGAUCAUUCAAGUGCAAUGAUGCCUGGAAAUCCAAAUAUUGGAUAUGAUAGGAAAGUAAAAAUCAGUACAGCCUGGUUGACAGUCAGAUAUAAUCAGUAUACAACUAUUGAGAAUUUGCACGAAAGUGAGUUUUUUAGGGAAAUUUCUGAAAAAACUUGUUUUUUUUUUGAUAUUGUUGGUAUUUUUUCUUUUUUUUAUUUUUAGAAAACAUUUUUUUCGCAAAAUGUUUGCAACUCAAAUAUUUUUUCAGGAUACCAUCUUCGAACUGUUUUGAAUCCUGGUCUGGUUGAAGAAAACAAAGCGCUCAAUCAUUUCUUGAUGGGAAUUUCAUAUCGAGAACCAAUGAAGUCAUCUUCAGCCUCAGAUAUUCCAGUUUCAGUUCAAAUUUCCGAGGUCACACCAAUUUCCAACAGAUUUGAAACUAAUCGGAUUGAAGCUGCAAGAAUAUUGCAUCCAUCCGCUUUCCAACCUGUAUUAAAUCCACCAGUGGUAAAUUUCAUAUUAUUCCCUACUCAUACAACAUUUUUAUGGUGCAAUUAUUUUGCAGAUACAAGAUUCGAAUGAAGAAUUCAUCGAGUCAAUCACAAUGGGAAGUAAUAAAAUUGAUGAGCGUUUCAAAAAUAAGCCAGCCGUCGCAGUCCCAAUUGCUAAUAAUCGGAUCAGUGACGAGAUUGCUGCCGACAACAAGAAUAACAUCAAUAAAACAAUGUGAGUUAUGAGAAAUUCAUUGCUAAUCUGGGGUCUAAAAGAUCAUUUCAUGUUCAAUUAGUAUAAUCAAAAAAGAGAUGAAACCAAAAAAUGUACAUUUUCAAUUUAUCACGUUUUCCCUAUUUUGCACUAGAUUAUAUUUAUUAAUUCCUGGAAUAGUCAAAAUUCCUGGCGUAUGAUGUAAACACAUUUUGAGCGUACUUUGAUCGAAACGAAAAAAAAUGCUGAUUAUUUGCUUUUUUAUGAUAUUUUUCCAAGAAAUAGUAGUCUAUCAGAAAUUGGUUGUUUUUAUUGAAUGUGAGCAGUUUUGCAAACUUGAUUUUUGGGCAGACAGAUUUGUUCUUUGAUAUUGGGAACAAGUGAAGUUCAGUUCAGAGAAAAAGGAAAUUGAAUUUUUUUAAAAUUUCAUCGAAAAAAGGUAUACUUUUCAAUCUAAAAAAAAAAUAAAAAGCUGAAAGUUAUAAUUUUUGAAUAAAAUAUGAAAUUUUGAAUUUUAAUCCAGGAAAAAACAUUUCUUUCAGUGCCUCUACAACAAUUCCACCAGUCACCUUGACUCAAUUACCACCAGCAACAUCUCAACCAACUGCGACUCCCAUAACAUCAGCAUCAAUAUUAACAAAACCCCCAACCAUAAAAACUGAAUCGCCAAUAGAAAGAACAAAAACAUUGCCGACUACAACCACAUUUGUUCCCACGAUUAUGAGAAAGAUACCAACAUCAACAACGUAAUUUUUGAAAGAGAUCAAAAAACAAAAUAGAAUAUGAUUUCUCACGGUUAAUAGCAUUUUUUAUUACAGGCGAAUUGAUAUUAAUCAGCAACGUGAGAAAUUCAAAAAUGCUAAUGUUGAAAACUCUUUACGUAUAUCAAAUAAUCAGAAGCCAACUGAAAGUUCCUCAACGAAACCAGCUCCAGCUAGACUCCAUUUCUACACUGAUAUCAAAACAAAGUACUUUGAACCUGACCGAAAAUAUGUUUCAAUUUUGUUUUUUUCUUCAGAAAAAUCACACCAACAACACCAUAUUCAUCCCCAGUUUUACCAACGACAACUGAGGUUUGUGUUUUGGGAAAUUUUCAGACACUAAUUCAACAAAAUCCUAUUUCUUUCCUUGGUUUGAUCAGCUUAGAAAAUCAUUUUUGAGCGAUGUUUCAUUUUUAAUGGGUAGAUGACAAUUUUUUUACAUAAGAGAUUCAAAGUAGAUACUAAAAAUAAAUCAGAAUGAUCAAAGUAUUCUUCAAGAUUUGAUGGAAAAUUACCCCUAAUUUUUUUUUUGAAAGGGCACUGUAUAUCAAAUGUCGCGGUAAUUGUUACAAUGAUGACAUAUAUGAGUGAUCAAGAUUAUAAAAUCAAAAAAAUAGUGAGAGAGUCUAAAGACAGUUCAAGAUUCAAAACAUGAACCUCUAAUUGAACGAAAUCUUAUUAAUUAUUAAAGAUCUCGGCUUGAUUAGUGUUUAGUGACUUUUCAUUUUUUUUGGGAACAUGAGUCUAAUUAUAUAUUGUAUAAAAUUUUGUACUUUGAAUGUACAAUUUAAAAUAUAGAGGAACUACAAAUAUAUUACCCAUUAUAGAUUCAAAGUUUAUACUAAAAAUAAAUCAACAAGAUCAAAGUAUCUUCAAGUAUUCGUGGAAAAUUACACCUUAUUUUGUUGGAAAGGGCACUGUUUACCAAAUGCCACGUUAAUUGUUAGUAUGAUGUUACAUAUGAUUUAUCAAUUUUAUGAAAUCAAAAAAGUUGUUACAGUAAGAGAUUAAAAAGUUUUAAAUCAGUUGGAGGUCCAUGAAUAUAGAACGUGUUAUAAAUUCUGCCUGAUAUCAAUCCGAUGUUUCGAAAAAACCAUACAGCUUACAAUUAGAAAACGAAAUAUCUGAAAAAAAAACCCCUACUGCAUUGGAUAUUUGUUCCAAGGCUCUACAAAUCGCGAAGUGCCAAUAUUGUUUUCACAAAUGAUUUGGAACUGAAAAAUUAUCCCAUCUCCUGAUUGUUUGAAAAUCAGGUCCCCAUUUUUUGAGACCUUCUCUAUUUUUUUGAUAUUAAAAAAAACAUUUAGCCAGUUCCAAAAAUAAAUAUAUAUUCUUCUGAUCAAAAUAACACAAUCAUUCUUAGAAUCAGUUCCGCAUAGACUUAUCCCAAGUUCUUUUUUUUACAGAAACCAGGAAGUGAAUUGCCAUUUAAAGUAGCCGGAAAUGCAGAUGUAUUUGCAAGGAAGCCAUGUGGGUGUUUUAUACAAUUCAGGAGAUAUUUUGAUUUUCUGAUUUUGAUCUAUGACGUUGAAAUCAAAGUUUUCCCACAACCUAUUAUUAUUAUUUUUUCCAGACGACAAGUUUGUGAACAACAAUGCUGAUUGGCGAUUAGACGAAAGAGCAAUAAAUGAUAGCGAUGUAAUUCCAGAAAGACAAACAUCAGCAGCAUGUAAUAAUGCAACAAUCAUAUCGGUAUGAUCUUUUCAUCUUUUUGCCUCAAUUAAAAUAUAAAGCGAGCAGCGCGUGCUCUUGCUCAAAUAUCAGCAACAGCAGAGCAGGCAUGAAACAAAUAUGUCCUUUCAAAAAAUAUUGUUCAAUGAGCACGAUCAAACAUUAACAAUCGCCUCGCUCAUAAAGAAUCCCCCGGAUUUGUUGUGGAUGCUCCCUUCUUUUUCCCUUUUUUUUCUGAAAGGCGGUAGUGUAGUGUGUAUUCAUAGAAGGAAUCGAGCAAAGCUCAUUUGAAUGAAGAAAGUAUCUCACGUAUGCUUAGAAGAUCGCAUCAUAAAUGUUGGAUGAAUAUGUUAUUUUGAUGCUUUUGCAAACUGAGAUGAGAUGAGAAAAAUAUGAACAUAGAUCAUAUUUUUUCCAUAUUUAGUAUAACACGAAUUAAAUUAUGCUGUUUAUGGAAAAACAUAAAACAAAUGGAAUAAAUUUUCAGAGUCAACAACAAUGUAAAUGGUCUGGAGUUGAACAUCUUUUAUUAAUUUGGUCAUUUGCAUCAUUAAUUGUGUGGAUGGUUAUGAUCGCCGUGUGCUUUUAUCGUCACUCGAAUCGGAAACCAAGGUGGAUGGCUUUCAGGUUUGUCUGAUCAAGACAAAUUCAAAUUUCCGUUGAGCAAAAAACUUUAUUCUCAAACAUCCCUCUUUUCAUUCAUUCAAACCAGAACAUUCAUUCGGUGUCUGAACUUUGAAAGUUCAUGUUUUUUAUUUUUGUUAGUUGUUUGAAAAAAAAUGGAUGGAGAAGAUAAUAAGAAAGCGGGAAGAAUUGACCUCUCUGUUUUUUCUCAUUCAACAAAAAAGUGCACUUGUUGAUGACACAUACAACAUUUAUUUUCUUCUGAUUCAAAACAUUUUUUUUUCAAAAAUAUUUUUGCAAGACUCAAAAAACAAACAGCCAGCCUGAAAAUGUGUGGACUUUGGUUGUUUUUUGAUAGACAUAGCACAAUGAAACAAAUGUGCCAGACAGAAGGAUUUGUUUGGACGAUUUUCAGAAUGUGGGAAUUUAAUCUAAUCCGGAUUUUUGAAGAUAAAAAUUCACAAAAUCUGUUCCACUAUUUUGUGAAAAGAACAUUACAAUGAACUUGAGCACACAAUUUGUGACUCAUGACAAAAAUUCCAAAUAUUUUCAUGAAACAUUCCAAACGAAUAUUUCAGAUCAUUGGUUUAUGAUCAGCCAAAACCGGAAAAUGAUAACAAAGAAUUUUCCAGAACUAUUUUUUGAGAGAGAAAAAUUGAAAUAUGAUCUUCUGUUAGAAAAUUGGCCUAGAGAAACUAAACUGUGAUGUUUAAAAAUCACUUGAGCAUAAUUUAUUAAUAGUGGGAACCAAACUUCAAGUUCACUUGAAACAAAAAUCUUUGGGAUACUUGGAAUCUUCUAAAAACUCUUGAUUCUCUUUGAUAUUCCUGAAAAACAAACCCCCCAUUUUAAAUUUAGACAUUUUUAUAUAUUUCCCAAGCUCCUUAAUACUGGCAUCAAAUAUCAGGGGAUCUAAACGAUCUCAUAAAGUCUAUCAUAUAUUUUAUAAUCCACCAAAACUAUAUAUAAAAUCCCCCUUAAUCAUUCCGAAGAAAAUUUAUGUUUUAUCCUUAAUUCAAAAAAUAUCUAAUCCAUCAUCCUCUCAAAAUCUUGUUCUGACUCGAUCCCGAUGAUUUCCAUUAUCUUAAAUUAAAAAAAAAAGAUAUCAUCAACUUCCCCUAUGAUGUUUGCUUCAAAACUCUAUUUUGCAAAGAAAAGUAUAUACGUCAAACCUCAUUAAUCAUAAAGAAAAAAGAGUUCUUGGAAACUUCCGGGUAUUCGAGUAAAUAUAUCACAUCUGCAUAUAAUUUGCAGCGGCAUAGCUAUGUUUAGAUGAGCAUCGCGUCUAGACAUACAAAUUUUUGUUAUUGUUGGGUCAAACAACGUUGAAUAAAUACACUCACAACAAAACAUGUGGUUUCCGAAAAUAUCAUAUAUUUUUCAGAGAACAAGAACUACGUCGAGCAGCACAAUCUCGUGUUUUAGGACAAGAACAUCCUUGGUUACAUGCUGACGCGUUUGAAGAGCGAAAUAGAACAAAAAACGAAAUUGAAAUAAAUAAAUUCUGA